AUGUCAGGCACCAAGGAGCACAUACUGCCUACUCUCACCCCCCCGAGCCCGCCGCGCAUUCUAAUCAUCGGUGCGGGCUCGCGAGGGCGGACUUACGCCAGCGCCGUGGCAUCGUCAACUAAUGGCGUGGUCGUCGCUGUUGCUGAACCAGACGAUUACAAGAGAAAUCAUUUUGGCGAGACCAUGAUAUGGGGUCCUCAGGGCUCACCGCCCGAGGGUGCCGCCUUUAACGACUGGCGUGAUUUCAUUGUCUAUGAGACACAGCGCCGGGCCCGGGUUGGGAGCGGCGCGGUGAAUGUUCCUCCUGGCGUCGACGCUGUCUUCGUUUGCGUGUUGGAUGAGAUGCACCGGGAAGUGGUUGUCGCGUUGGCAAGCCUUGGGGGACUGCACAUCAUGUGCGAGAAGCCGCUGGCAACCAAUCUCCGUGAUUGCGUCGAGAUGUACGCGGCCUUGGAAUCCAACAAGGUCUCUGGGGGGCAACAGGCCGUAUUUUCUAUCGGACAUGUGCUGCGAUAUAGCCCGCAUAACAUGAUGCUCCGCAAGCUUGUUAUUCGGGAUCGCGUUAUCGGCGAUAUUCUGUCUGUCGUGCACACGGAGCCGGUUGGGUGGUGGCACUUUGCCCACAGCUAUGUCCGUGGGAAUUGGCGCCGCGAGAGCACAUCAGCGCCGAGUCUGCUCACUAAGAGCUGCCACGACAUAGACGUUCUACUUUGGUUGCUGUGCUCGCCCGCCGACUGCUCGGCUGAGGAUUGCCCGCCGCCCCAUCUGCCGUCCACCGUCACUAGCACCGGCUCGCUCCAGUAUUUCCGACGAGGCCGAAAGCCAGCCGAAGCGGGUGUCGCCACGAAUUGUCUCUCAUGCCCCGCCGAGAGUAAUUGUAAGUACUCAGCCAAGAAGAUAUAUGUCGGCCCGGAACUCGCGGGUGUUGAGUCAGGCAAUAAGAGGUGGCCAGUGAGCAUAGUGCUCCCCGACAUCGAGUCCUAUGGGAGCCAGACGGAGGCCCGAGAUGCCAUGCUCGCCGAGCUGGCGAAGGACUACAACACCAAAACACCGAAGCCAGAAGUUGCUCGACGAAAUUGGUUUGGGAGGUGUGUAUACGAAAGCGACAACGAUGUGUGUGACGAACAAGUGGUCACACUCAAUUGGGAUGAUGACCCAUUGUCCGGGAACGCUGAGACGAGCGGCCGCAAGGCGAAGACCGCAGUUUUCCACAUGGUCGCCCACACGAAGAAGAUUUGCGACCGGUACACCCACUUAUACGGCGUCGAUGGUGAAAUAUUCGCAGAUUCAACCACAAUCACCGUUGAGGAUUUUCGCACCGGCCGGACAACCGUCCAUCGACCCAAAGUCGAGGAUCACAGUCAUGGCGGGGGGGACAUUGGCCUUACCCGUCAGUUUGUGCUCGCAGUUGACAAGGUCAAGAACCACGGUUGGUCUACCGAUAGAGCACAGAGAGAACUUGUUGGUUGCACCCUAGAAGAGGUUAUUCGCAGCCAUGCUGUGGUGUUCUGUGCCGAGGCGGCGCGGCGCGGCAGGAAGGUGGUCGAUUUUCCCAAAUGGUGGGCGGCCGAGGUUCAGGACAGGCCGACACAGGCUCCAGUCUAA